AUGACCACCCCAGCAGGCACCACUACUGGCCCUCUGGCUCAGGACGAAAUCGUCGUCGUCGGCGCAGGAGUCAUCGGCCUCACGACCGCGCUCAUCCUCGCGCGCCGCGGAUACAGGGUGCACGUCGUGGCCAAGAACCUGCCCGAGGACGAGCUCGACCAGGACUGGUCGUCGCCAUGGGCGGGGGCGAACUGGUGCCCGUUCAGUGCCGAGGAGCGUGUGUGUCGCUGGGAGACUGAGUCGCUCGCCCGGUUACGCGAGCUCAUCCCAAUGGGGCUGGCGAUGCCACUCCCCGUGCUGCGGUACGCGGCGACCGACUCGGGCCUCCACAACCACUGGUACAAGGACGUUGCGAAGAACUACCGCCGCCUGAGGCCCGACGAGUGCCCGAACGGCGGCGUCGGCGUGUCGUUCGAGUCGCUGUCGGUCAACGCGCCAGUGUACCUCAAGUGGAUCGAGGCGCAGUGCCGCGCGCUCGGCGUGACCAUUGUGCGCGGGGACGUUGCGGCGCUUUCGGACGUGGUCAAGCCGAUGACGCGGGUGGUCGUGAACGCGACGGGUCUGGGCUCCCUCACCCUCACCGACGUGCUCGACACGGCCGUCGAGCCGAUCCGCGGGCAGAUUGUGCUGGUCCGCGCGCCAAAGGUCAAGCGCUGCGUCAUGGACUCGUCGCGCUCCGACGUCGACCCAACGCGCAGCACGUACAUUAUCCCGCGGCCCAACUCUGGCGGCGUGACCAUCUGCGGCGGGUGCUACGAGGUCGGAUCAUGGGAGCGCAAGGCCGACUCCAAGCUCUCGCGCAAGAUCCUCGAAGAGUGUCUCGUGCACGUGCCCGAGCUGUCCUCGGACGGCACAGUCGAAGGCAUGGACGUGAUCCGCGAGUGUGUUGGAUUCCGGCCGAGCCGCGCCGGUGGCCCGCGUCUGGAGCGCGAGGACCGCGCCGUUCGCGGGCGGCGCGUGGCCAUCGUGCACGCGUACGGGAUUGGCCCGGCCGGCUUCCAGGCCAGCUGGGGCAUGGCGAAGGAGGCGGCCGACCUCGUUUCCGACGCCGUGCUUGAGUCGGCCGCGCUCAAGGCGAGGUUGUAG